AUGAUAAAACACAGCUACAAAAAGCUUUCGCGGUGUCUAAUAAAAAGCGAGCUGACUGGAAUGCAAAACAACUACAAGCUGCAGCAGAUAAUAACCGUUCCUUUGAAAGAGGAUGAGCAAGUUCUAGAGAAGCUGGAUUCCGUGUGGGCAAAAGCUGCCUCUUUGAUUUAUUCAAACUUUUUCUACAACGCCGACUUGGCCGAUUCCAAGACUACAAACUUUUGGAUUCAAUUGGCGCAGACUACAAGCACCUGGAAUAAUUCGUUGCUAGUGCCCUAG